GGAGACAAGGACGCCGUCUGGGCGGGCUCAGGAGCUGGGCUUUGGGAGGGAUCCCAGUGAGGCUGAGCGUCUACCGCUCCCUAGUGCUCUGAGCCUCGGCUGAGGCGCUUCUCGCGGAGGGGAGGCUGUCGGUGGCGUUCGUCCUCUCGUGGAUCCCACUGCCCGCGCCGCCUCCCUCGAAGGUCUCCCUUCCCGCAGGGACCGGGCGAUGGCUGUUUGGGCGUCGGGCCCCCGCGUGCUCCACCUGCUCCUCCUAGUUCUUCUUGUCGAGGGGCGCGGUGAGCCUGGAGGAUUAUCUGAAUCGUCCUUUGUUGCAAAACACGAAGACAGCUUGUUUAAGGAUUUAUUUCAAGACUACGAAAGAUGGGUUCGUCCUGUGGAGCACCUGAAUGACAAAAUAAAAAUCAAGUUUGGCCUUGCCAUAUCUCAGUUAGUGGAUGUGGAUGAGAAAAAUCAGUUAAUGACAACAAAUGUCUGGCUGAAGCAGGAAUGGAUUGAUGUAAAAUUGAGAUGGAACCCUGAUGACUAUGGUGGGAUAAAGGUUAUACGCGUCCCUUCAGACUCUCUCUGGACCCCCGACAUUGUUCUGUUUGACAAUGCAGACGGACGUUUUGAAGGCACCAGUACGAAGACCGUGGUCAGGGCCAAUGGCACUGUUGUCUGGACCCAGCCUGCAAACUACAAGAGCUCCUGCACCAUAGAUGUCACCUUCUUUCCUUUUGAUCUCCAGAACUGCUCCAUGAAGUUCGGGUCUUGGACCUACGAUGGGUCGCAGGUUGAUAUCAUCCUCGAGGACCAGCAUGUGGACAGGACGGACUUUUUUGACAAUGGAGAAUGGGAAAUUGUGAGCGCAACAGGGAACAAAGGAAAUAGAACCGACAGCUGCUGCUGGUACCCCUAUAUCACGUUCUCUUUUGUCAUCAAGCGGCUGCCUCUCUUCUACACCUUGUUCCUGAUCAUUCCCUGUAUUGGGCUGUCCUUCCUCACUGUGGUUGUCUUCUACCUCCCUUCAGAUGAGGGCGAAAAGAUUAGCCUUUGCACUUCUGUGCUUGUUUCACUGACUGUCUUCCUCCUGGUCAUCGAAGAGAUCAUCCCCUCCUCUUCCAAAGUGAUUCCUCUGAUUGGAGAAUACCUCGUGUUCACCAUGAUCUUCGUGACACUGUCCAUCAUGGUGACUGUCUUUGCUAUCAACAUUCACCACCGUUCUUCCUCCACACACAGUGCCAUGGCGCCCUGGGUGCGCAAGGUGUUCCUGCACCGUCUCCCCAAGCUGCUGUGCAUGCGAAGCCAUGUGGACAGGUAUUGCACCCAAAGAGAGCAGGCCGCAGUGGGCGGUGGGCCCGGGCCGGCCAGAAGUGUGCUGGAGGCUGCGCUGGACUCCAUCCGCUACAUCACCAGGCACGUGAGGAAGGAGCACGCCGUGCGUGAGGUGGUUGAAGAUUGGAAGUUCAUAGCCCAGGUUCUUGAUCGGAUGUUUCUGUGGACAUUUCUUCUGGUUUCAGUCGUUGGAUCACUUGGGCUUUUUGUUCCUGUUAUUUAUGAAUGGGCCAAUAUAAUAAUACCAGUUCACAUUGGAAAUACAAAUAAGUGAAACUUCCCAAGGGGUUGUGGAAUGAGUUUAGUUAUAGCAAACACAUCUCUUACAGCAUCUGUACCAUUAUGAAAAUGUAAAAACUGUUUUAAAAUUAAUUGCAAGCUAUAGCCAAUUAGCUGUUGGUAAUACUGGUUUAUGUUAGUAGAUUGUCCAUUAGAACAUCUACUUGCAUGGUUAAAGUAAUAAUGAAAAACAGCAACAAAACAGUAUCUAAACUGUACUAGAGAAAAUCUCUUUGUAUCCUGGCAAAUAAUACUAACUCAUAAGCACCGUGAAGUUUCGUCUUCGGAGUCUGGGAAAACUUCGUUUGUAUUUGAAGAUAGAUUUAAAUUUUUGUCAGGAUUUAUGAAGGUAUGUACUUUUUAUUUUGGUCUUGUUUUUUGGA